AUGGCUGACAUGAUCUCUUGCACUCUGGACUGCUUCCCCGAAAAUAUUUUAGUCGAUAUUUUAUCCUAUUUAAAUGUUCGAGAGCUGGUUCGCAAUGGAAGAGUAAGCAAACGGUGGAGGCGCCUUGUAAAAGACCAGAAAUUGUGGCGAACUGUUGACCUCACCACAUGGAAAGGGGUAACAUCUCGAGUACUAUGGAUUUUGUUACGGCAGUAUUUAGGUUGUGGCCUGCGCUGUCUGCGUCUCAGAGGCCUACUUCUGUCAGCGCGUGGUGGCUCCUUCUUAUCUGAGUCAUGGCUGCAAGCCUUAGCCUCCAAAUGCCCACGUCUGCACAAGCUUUCCCUGCUGCACACUGAUCUGCGACGGCUGCAUAGCUGCUCUGUGCUGCCGCCCUCAUUGCAGGUUCUGGAGCUGCAUGGCUGUGAGUUGCCUGGUGAUUUCUUCAGUCAGAGUGACUCCACAGCCAAGCCCAACCAGAGAACAGAGGGGAAUAGAGCCUGCCAACCCUCAAGUAAUAAAACAGGCAGAAAACAGGUUUCCCCAACAGGGGUCAGCAUUGAAACGCUAGUCCUGGACAAUGUGCCAUCCUUCACAGACCAGCAUCUGCGCAGUCUUUGCUCGUGGCAGAGACUUGUUCACCUGGAGCUGCGAGAUGUUAUCCGUGUAACAGCGGCAGGUGUACGUGGCUGUGCCCCUGAUGAGGUUGGCGCACAAGGACUCCGCCAGUUGCGUUAUCUGGAGGUGGGCAACUCGGGCCGGCUGGGCUCACAGAUGCAGAUGGUGUCUCUGGGGCUUGGGGAUGGGUGGCUUGGGCUCGAGGAGCUGAGUCUGAGGGGCAGAGAGGUUAGUCCAGGUCUGCUCUGUGUUAGCCGUUUGCGGGAUCUGCGAAGACUGCGUCUGUCAAACUGUUGGCUUACUGAGAUGAUGGUGCUGCGCAGCUGUAGGACACUGAAAGACCUGUGCAGGAUACAGUUCUGCGAAGUGGACUUCCAUACCCGCCACAGGACAUCAGAGAGAGAGACGGGGGAGGACAGUGAGAGAGAAAGAGAGGAAGUUGAUGAGAAUGACCCAGUACCUAGUCUCAGACACUCUCUUAUGACUUUGCUGCCACGUUGUGAACUAGUUUUCACCCGCUGCACCAUCACAGUGUGCACAGACUAGACCAGUAAGCACACACUUGCAUAAAUCACCUCUGCUAUUAAACACACAAACACAAACAGACUCAUUCAAAGAACUGUGAAUGCCUCUGUUAGGUUUAUGCUCAAUGGCUUCUCCACGGAAAAUGGAACAUUUUUCUAUGUGGAGCUGUGCAAAUGUGUUUAAUGAUGGAUUUGACUCUGGAAUUUAUAAUAAAGAUGAGUACUCAUGGUGAA